AUGCCCAGAGUCGCAGACCGAAAAUCCUGGCGAAAGCCAGCAGCUCCUCCAGUGGAAGCUCCCCAAACCCCGCCAGAAGCAGCGCCAAGAUCCCACUAUCACACCUCGCAACACCACGGCCACCAUCACGACCCCGACCCAGCACUCGAUGUGGAACUCGUUGAUCACACCGAGAGGCUGCCACUUCGCUCGAAGCGCACUCGUCGUCUAGAGGAGAAGCUUGCCAGAAAAAAACGGACCGCGACCACCCCACUAUGCUUGGAGGAUAUGCCGUUUGAGAUCCUCGACGCCAUCCUUUUGUGCUGUCAACCUCGCGAUCUUUUCGCCAUGUCACGUGUCUCAAAGGGCUACCGAGAUUUCAUCAAACAAGAAGGAUCCCGAAUCGCCAAAUCCAUCAUCGAGCGGCGAUAUCCCUGUUUGGCAGCUUGUUUUCUUCGGCCUGUCCUUUUGGAAAACAUUCAAGACUUGGGAGUCCGCAGGCACAUGGGACAUCCGAAAGUGACGAGCAGAGUCAAAGGUCACAUGUUUCACCACAUACCCACAAUCCGAGGCGAGCUUGUCUGCAGCUGUCCGACAUGCUAUCAUCGUUGGAACGCUCUUGGGCUGCUGGUCGACUUUGCACACUGGCAGGACUUUCUAGAUAAAGGCGAAGCAAUUCCACGCAUAGCAUUCGGGCGGCGUCCGGUGUGGAACAAGGUAUUGCUAAACCGAAACAUGCAGGUUGUUCUGAAGGGCAUCCGCGAUCCUCUUUGGUAUGCUCGCAUCCUCGAAAAGCACCUGGAGUCGACUACGCGCGCCAUCCGACGCCAGGUGCUCAACAAGAGCAACAAGCGCCAGCAUUAUCGACUCACUGACCAAGACCUACAAGAAGGAACCGACCACUUUCUCGAAGCCGAGGGGCCGCCUACCAUCGACUAUCCCUUCCACAGAGACAGUUACUACAUGCUCGAAGCCUACCUGCCCAAUCGCUCCUGGAUUGAUGGGAAAUGGGUCUAUCUACCAGCCAGCCUUCACGAGAGAGACGUCGCUGGUCUGAUCAACAGUCUAUUUCCUGUACCUGGCAAAGAAGAAGCAGAAGGGUAG